UUAUAUUAAUGUACUACUGAUGGAGGCUACGGCCGAAACAUGUUUAGUACCAGAAACAUUUAAAUAAACAGUGACGUGUUUGUACGAUUUAUUUAAUUUCAUAAACUUUGUACAAAUAUUACGGCCGCACUAGAGGUUACACAAUACUAAUUCAAAUCAAACUCGGUACGUACGGAAACGCAUUCUUAUAGCAGAGUUGUCGUUCGUGCCUCAACAUACAUGAAUGCAAUGAACCGCAGAGUGAGGGAAACGGUAUAACUAAAACGACCGAGAAUUUUCGUCUAUCUUCAUGAUCGUUUUUGAAUGAUCUUUUUUAUGCCCCCGGAUCGACAGAUCGGGGGUAUAUUGUUUUGGGCCUGUCUUUCUGUCAUUCUGUCCCAAAACUUUAAUAUUACAGUAACGUUUUGCAAUAACUUUUGAAAUAUUGAACAUAGCAACUUCAUAUUUGGCAUACAUUUGUAUCUCAUGGAGCUGCACAUUUUGAGUGGUGAAAGGUCAAGGUCAUCCUUCAAGAUCAAAGGUUUUUCCCAUUCAAAGUCAUGGUACCUGAGCUAUUGGCAAAAACAGUGGAAGAAAUGGAAAUGGAAAAAAGAUCUGAUACAAGAUCUCCAAGACAGAAGGAAUAGACUGCCAAAUGGAGAUUCCUAUAAAGGGGUAUCAGGAACAGAAUGGCGUGUGUGCAGGUGGUAUCCGGAACAGAAUGGCAUGUGUGCAGGUGGUAACACCCUUCAAACUGGAAGGCAGGGAUUAAUAAUACAAGAUGAAGUGAAUAGAGGCUGGUACAUUCAGUUUGAGUCCACAUCCGGAAAGCAUCAACAAGAAGGAAUAAUUGUGUGCCUCAGUGUUGUCAAUGCUGGUCCUGCAGGGACAUGAAGGUCACCUGGAAGGAGGGGGAGUUGAACCAUGAAAGGGGAGACAAGACUCAGUUGACAUCUGACUGUAAACAUGACUUAUUUGAAUGCUCAACAGUCAUAAUCAUUAUCAACAGCAGUCAUUGUCAAUGUUAGAGUGAAACUAUGUAUGUUAUUGUCCCCUAUAUUAUUGGAUAUUUGGAUAUUCAAGUUAGUCUGCUAAAGCCUUAAAUAAUGUUAUUUUGUUUAUUAAGUCAUACUUGUACAAGUGUAAAAUGAAUAAAUGCAUUCCAAGCAUAACAGGAGCAAAGAUAUACACUAAGUAUGAAUAUGAUAACUUGAGAAAAAUAUCGAUUUCACACAAUAAGUUAGACUCCUUUGACAGUGAGUGGGAACAAUUUAAUGCUAUGUCCUCAAUACUUAGAAUUUAAAUUUGAUGACUGUUGUAGUUUAAAGCACUUUUUACAAAUACUAUUUAAAGCGUAUCGUUAUUCAAAUAAAAUGUAGGACCUAGGUCAGUCAGUCUGUCCAUCAUUCUGUCAGUCACACUUUUUUGGAUCCUGCCAUAACUUUAAAAGUUCUUCAUAUUUUUUAAUGAAACUUAAAAUAUGGAUAGAUGGCAAUAUGGAGAUUAUGCACAUCAUUUCAUUUUGUUCCUACAUCAAUAAUUGUGGUUGCUAUGGCAACAAAUAUAAAAAAAUAUAUAAAAAAUUCUGACAAUGGUGGAGUUUCACCGGUAGGGGACCAUAUUGCUUGGCAAUGUCUUGUUUCAUCCGCUAUAACAAUGUACACAUUCUUUGCUGUUCUUUCAAACUGGACGAUGUUUUUUUUUUCUCUAUAUGUACUUUGUACAUGUUUUCUUUCUUUCCAACACUGAACUCUAUAUGUGCUAGUAAUUGUAAAGUUUUCAAGACACUUCACUUACUUGUUAGUUUUUGUCUGUUGUUGACUACUACUAUACAUAACUUAAGAUACGAGUUGGUUGCAUAACAUGCUUGUUUUUUUGUUGUUGUGUCAUAUUUCAAAUCAUUAUUGUUACAAUUUAUAUUGUAUAUGUACUUGUUUGCAAUUGGAAAUAAAAUGUGUUGGGAUAAAAAAAAUCUACUAAUCAGUUGGUUCCUAUAUUACUGAAUAUGUUUAAAUGCUAAAUGUAUGCUAGUACUGAAAAUGCUGAAUUGUAUUUGUAUAUAAGAUCUAUUUUGAAGAAUCAAAAUUUGUUUUAUAGUAAUAAAAAAAAAAAAAUGUUAUUGUCCCCUACCGGUGAAACCGGAGGGCAAUUAUAGUUUGCGCUCAGAGCGUCAGUCAGUCAGUCUGUCUGUCACAUUUUUCUGGAUCCGGCGAAUCUUCAUUUUUUUUCAUGAAACUUGAAACACGGACAGAUGGCAAUAUGGAGAUUAUGCAUAUCAUUUCAUUUUGUUUCCACGGCAAGAAUUCUGGUUGCUAUGGCAACAAAUAAAAAAUAAAAAUAAUCUGACAAUUAUGGUGUUUCACCAGUAGGGGACCAUAUUGCUUGGCAAUCUCUUGUUAAUUAGUAACCUCUUUGUUAAAUUCUAUCAUUACCUAUUUUUCAUAAUUCUUAUAAUCCUUUUAUUACACUUGUGAUUUUUUUUCUUUCUUUGGCUUGAAGGCAAUUGCAUGCUGAUUUGCUACUAAAUGUUGUUGUUGUUGUUGCUAUGGUUGUUUCACUGUGAAAUAAAGAGCAUUCUGCAGAAAAAUA